ACCCUGAAGCUCCCCAUGACCAUCAACAAGUUCUUCCAGCCAACAGAGAUGGCGGCCCAGGACUUCUUCCAGCGCUGGAGGCAGCUGAGCCUCCCCCACCAGGAGGCGCAGAAAAUCUUCAAAGCCAACCACCCCAUGGAUGCUGAAGUCACGAAGGCCAAGCUCCUGGGGUUUGGCUCUGCUCUCCUGGACAGCGGGGGCCCCAGCCCUGAGAACUUCGUGGGGACUGGGAUCAUCCAGACUAAAGCCCUGCAGGUGGGCUGUCUGCUCCAGCUGGAGCCCAAUGCCCAGGCUCAAAUGUAUCCGCUGACCCUGCACACCAUCAAGGAGCCUGUCUCCAUUCAACUGUGUGAGCUGCUGGCCCAGCAGUUCUGA